AUCCACUCGCAUUGCCGAUCCCGUCGUUCACCGUCUCCUCGUGGGGGACUUUCGGAGCUUUACUUCAGCUGCUUUCGCGGAUCGUUCAUGUCUCUUGACUUUCUCUCAUUCACACAUUCCAAUCAUUUUUCAUUCAAUUCUUCCUCAUAUUUAAUCCCAAGGAAUCCAUCGGAUCUGAUCUCUUCUCUUCACACUCUACUCGGAUCUCUUCGUUGGUUCUUCGCUCCCAGACGUUGGAAUUUCACUGCAUCUCUCUGCAAAUCCAAGUGAGAAUGGAAGGUGAUUUGCUUCACGGGACGCUUCACGUCACUAUCUAUGAAGUCGAGGGGUUGCAUUCUGGUGGUGGAUCCAAUGUCUUCAGCAUGUUAAUGCAAAACAUUGAGGAGGCUGUUGGACUUGGCAAAGGAGUUUCCAGACUAUAUGCGACAGUAGAUUUAGAAAAGGCUAGAGUUGGGAGAACACGGAUAAUAGAAAAUGAACCCUCUAACCCAAGAUGGUACGAAUCAUUUCAUAUUUACUGUGCCCAUAGGGCAUCGCAUGUUAUCUUCACCGUGAAGGAUGAUAAUCCCAUUGGUGCAACUUUGAUUGGACGGGCACAUAUACCUGUGGAAGACAUCAUAAAUGGGGAGGUAUAUGAAGGAUCAACUCCACUUGUAGAUGAAGAUAAAAAACCAAUUGAAGGAGAACCUAAUAUUCGUGUCAAAAUGCAAUACUUCAGUGUUUCUGAGGAUCGCAAUUGGGGUCGUGGUAUAAGAAGUCGUAGAUUUCCUGGAGUCCCUUAUACAUAUUACUCACUGAGACAAGGCUGUAAGGUUUCUUUGUAUCAAGAUGCUCAUAUCCCUGAUAAUUUUGUUCCUAAAAUACCUCUUGCUGGAGGAAAGCAUUAUGCACCCCACAGAUGUUGGGAAGAUAUUUUUGAUGCCAUACAAAACGCAAAGCACCUGAUCUACAUCACAGGAUGGUCUGUUUAUACAGAAAUUGCCUUAGUAAGGGACUCAAGGAGGCCAAAGCCUGGAGGAGACAUCAUGCUUGGUGAGCUGCUUAAGAAGAAAGCAAGUGAAGGUGUCAGAGUUCUUAUGCUUGUCUGGGAUGACAGAACAUCUGUCGGUUUACUAAAAAAGGAUGGUCUGAUGGCUACUCAUGAUGAAGAAACUGAACAUUUCUUUCAAGAUACUGAUGUGCAUUGUGUCUUGUGCCCUCGAAAUCCUGACGAUGGUGGAAGCAUUGUUCAAGAUUUACAAAUCUCUACCAUGUUCACUCAUCAUCAGAAGAUUGUUGUGGUGGAUAGCCCAAUGCCUAGUGGAGAAUCGGAUAGGAGGAGAAUUGUAAGUUUCAUUGGUGGUCUUGAUCUCUGCGAUGGCAGGUAUGACACACCAUUCCAUUCCCUUUUCAGGACAUUGGAUACUGCACAUCAUGACGAUUUCCAUCAACCAAAUUUUCCUGGUGCAUUAAUCACAAAAGGUGGACCAAGGGAACCUUGGCACGACAUCCAUUCCCGGCUUGAAGGGCCCAUUGCCUGGGAUGUCUUGUUCAAUUUUGAGCAACGGUGGAAGAAACAAGGUGGGAAGGAUGUACUUGUGCAGCUUCGAGAACUUGAUGAAAUAAUUAUUCCUCCAUCUCCUGUUAUGUAUCCAGAUGACCACGAAACCUGGAAUGUUCAGUUGUUUAGAUCAAUAGAUGGUGGGGCAGCUUUUGGCUUCCCCGAAACUCCCGAAGAUGCUGCUAGGGCUGGGCUUAUCAGUGGGAAAGAUAACAUUAUUGAUCGAAGCAUUCAGGACGCUUACAUUAAUGCUAUUCGGCGAGCUAAAAACUUUAUUUAUAUUGAAAACCAAUAUUUCCUUGGAAGUUGUUUUGGAUGGUCUCCUGAUAAUAUCAAGCCUGAGGAUAUUGGUGCUUUGCAUUGUAUCCCAAGGGAGCUUUCCCUUAAGAUCGUUAGUAAGAUUAAAGCAGGUGAAAGGUUCACUGUCUAUGUAGUUCUCCCAAUGUGGCCAGAAGGAAUUCCAGAAAGUGGAUCCGUUCAGGCGAUAUUAGAUUGGCAAAGGAGAACAAUGGAAAUGAUGUACAAAGACGUGAUUCAGGCUCUUAGAGAUCACGGUAUCGAUGAAGACCCUCGUAACUACUUGACAUUCUUCUGUCUUGGCAACCGAGAAGUCAAGAGGUCUGGAGAAUAUGAACCUUCAGAAACACCGGAGGACGAUUCUGAUUAUUUGAGAGCUCAGCAGGCCAGGCGUUUCAUGAUUUAUGUUCAUACCAAGAUGAUGAUUGUUGAUGACGAGUACAUAAUCGUUGGAUCAGCCAAUAUCAACCAGAGAUCCAUGGACGGUGCAAGGGACUCUGAGAUAGCAAUGGGAGCUUAUCAGCCAUAUCAUCUGUCAAUCCGUGAACCCGCUCGUGGUCAAGUUCAUGGAUUCCGUAUGGCCCUAUGGUACGAACACCUUGGUAUGCUUGAUGAAUCUUUCCUCCAGCCAGAAAGUGAAGGGUGUGCCGCGAAGGUUAACAGAAUUGCUGACAAAUAUUGGGAUCUAUACUCAAGCGAGACACUUGAGAGGGACUUACCCGGUCACCUCCUCCGCUACCCCAUAGGCGUAUCCAGUGAAGGAGAAAUCACUGAGCUCCCGGGAUUUGAGUUCUUCCCUGACACAAAAGCCCGCAUACUCGGAACCAAAUCUGACUUCCUCCCUCCUAUACUCACUACCUAGUCAUAUUUCCUACUCGGCCACAGGUUAUUGAAACUUAUAUCUUGUUUUGUAACUUCCGAAGACAUUUUAUAGACUUUGAGUUCUAUUCUUCAAUACUGGUUAAUGUAACUUUGGCUGUGUCUUUUGAUGUUUUAAUGUUUAGUUUAACUUUCUUGUGGUA